AUGGUCACUCGAUUAUCGACAUUGUCAGCUGACAAAUCUGCAUCAAAAAUUCAAGCUGCAUUUCGUAAUCAUCAAGCUCGUCUUAAAUUAAAAAAACAAGCAGCAUGGCAAAUACAUGAAAAACUUGAAUAUUCUAGUGAACAAACUG